UACAAUGCGAGUAUUUCGUCGAGAGAAAUAGGAAGAAAGAACUUUUGAAGAAGAAUUUACGUCGCGAAGCACUCAAUCUCUACCACCAGGUAAUGAAGGAGUUCCUCGCCUGUCUGAAAUAACCCAACAAUGUUCUAGAAGUGGUUGUAGGAGAGUACCCCGAGAGGGGUGGAGCAGAAUGGACGGCAGGCACCGAGCGUCCACGUCCGUCGACGUCAAGCUGGGGGUGGGAGCGGGCAGGCGACGGCCGUUGACUACUGGGUACUUGAGGAGCAUGAUGAGUGACACUAUCCGGAUUGGCCUGUAUCUACUGAUCAUGGCGGGCGUGGGUUACUCCAGCAGUUCCCCGCCAACGUUUCUGGUCAAGCCACAGUCCUCAUACACGUACCCCGCUGCUGGAACAGCAGCUUUGACUAUACCAUGCACUGCAUCAGGCAGUCCCACGCCGAAGAUCUCUUGGUGGCGAAACGACCAGCUGAUCACUUCGGGUGUGUUCUCGCCGGCCGGUGAGCUCCUGAUCAACAUUACAUCGUCCGCUGCUUUGAGCGUCCUGCCGCAGGCUGCAACGCUGAGCAAUCACGCAGCGAGCACUGGCUGGUAUUACUGUAUGGCCGCUAGCAGCCAGGGCAGCAUCACUGCAGAUUUCUCUUUGGCCGUCCUUGUCCGACCUACUAUUGUUGGUCAUCCACUGGAUGCAUACUACAUCGACAAUCAAAACCGCCCCACAGUAUUUCGCUGUACCGUUGCCGGCUAUCCAUUUCCAACAGUCACGUGGCGCAGAGGCAGUGGAUCGGCGUUGACCGCAAACACACUUGUAACCCGCUACAAUUCAACAUACUUCCUGGUUUUGACCAAGACGAAAUCGGCAGACGUGGACGCGUACUACUGCAUCGCAAGCAACACUGCUGGUCAAGCCACAUCAGCAAGAGCCAAUAUGACCGUAUCUACAAAUACAUUCGGAUCGCUUACAGGAAACCUGCUGGAGCUACCAUUCCCAACGUACAACAUCAAUUUGCGGCCGCCUUUCUCCACUUCUGUCCAGUUCACCGUUCCAGCAAGGUCUUUUGGCCCAAACAAUGCCGCGUGGCUCUUGAAUGGUAUGCAAGUGUUGCCAGGGCUGAACGGAUGGAGAGCAGCAUCGGGUGACCAGGAUUCCUAUGCUACCAGCAUUGUGCAGUCUAACCCUGGCGUUUACCUCAACAUCUCCGAUGUCGGCGUGUUGACCAUGGUUGGAAUCCGCUCUAUCGUCCAUGACGUAGCCAAUCUCAUCUUCGCACCGUUCGACAAUCCCAAACUGGAGAGCAACAGUCCAUCCGUUAUUGACGUGGUUCAAGGCCAGUCGGUGACACUGCAGUGCUCCGUGCCUGACGGCAAGUAUGGCACAGUUUUCUGGGAUACGUCCCAGUUGACCACACCACCUCUGGUUACACAGUCAUUGUCCGGUAACAACACGGCACUGCUGGUGUUCCUGACCUCUUCACGACCAACGGGCACGUACAGUCUCUCGUGCAUUGAAAGCAGCACCAGUGUAACCAUUAGGAAAACGUUCACGAUAACGGUGGUCGGGAGCUGUACAAAUGAGUCAAACUGGCUGGUGAACCCCGACUUGGCAUUUGGACUCUUUGCCUGGCAGUCCAGUGGAGGUUUCUCAGCAUACUCUGACCCGAUGACAGGUGUAACUGGAUUUCUUGCACAGGGUCCAUUCAGUGCUGCAGCACGGCCGAACAUUCAACAAACGAUACAACUGCCAGACAGCCAUGAUAAAAUAUUCCUCAGAGCUCGUGUACGAAGUUCCAACAACAACAAUGCCUAUAUGGCGUUUACGCCGAGCAAUAAUCUAAACGUGAGAAGAACACCAGACUACUCACUGAACGCCAGCUCUUGGAGGGAGAUGUCGUGGAAUAUUCCGAAUAAAGCAACCUCAGUGAUAUUCGCACUGUCCGCUGUGGUCCCGGGCCAGGCAGGAGACGUGUUCUUUUCACACGUGUGCGUCAGGAUUACUGCAACCAAGGAUACCUCACCUACCAUCUACGCUCCACCGCCGGGGUCUGUUGAUGGUGUAGUCGGGGGUAAUGCCAGCCUGGUGUGCGGAGCCUAUGCCUAUCCCAAACCACUCAUCACUUGGGCAGUGAAAGGAACUACAGCUGUAAUAGGGUUGCAGCCAGGUGGUCAUGUUCAAACACAGCCCGAUGGAACUCUCACUUUCACCAGCCUGGUAGCAUCGGACUUCCAAUCCUACACGUGUGCGGCGUCCAACUCUGUGGGCACGACGAGCAAAAGCACUGACGUGCGCUGGACGCCAGGCCAGUGGGGCAGUUGGAACUCUUGGGGAGGCUGCACGGGGCCGACGUGUGCUCAGAUGGGUGUUCAAACAAGGAUGCGUAGCUGCACGCCGACAGGAACACUGUGUGCUCUGGGUGACAGCAGUUCGGACAGGGCCUGCACCUUGCCAACAUGUCCACCUACAACCAUACCAACCACCACGCCAACCACCACGCCAACCACUACCCCAACUACCACGCCAACCACCACACCAACCACCACCCCAACCACCACCCCAACCACCACACCAACCACCACACCAACCACCACACCAACCACCACACCAACCACCACACCAAACACCACCCCAACCACCACUCCAACCACCACACCAACCACCACACCAACCACCACACCAACCACCACCCCACCUACAACACCAACUACCAUCCCAACCACUACACCAACCACCACCCCAACUACCACACAAACCACCGCUCCCAACACUGCCUCAACCACUACUCAAACCACGGUGCCGUCCACUCUUUUUACCAACUCACCAGUCCCUACCCCAACCACCACAUCGACCAACACACAAACAACCACCCCGAUCACAACCACCCCGAUCACAACCACCACGAUCGCAACCACCCCGGCUACCAAACCACCCACCACACCCACCGCCAUGCCAACCAGUACUUCAACCAGUACUUCAACCACUACUUCAACCAGUACCGCAUCAACUACUGGGCAAACUACCACACCGCAACCAAUAGGAACGACAUCAACAAUGACCGUAAUACAGGCUACCACACACCAGUCGGUAGAAGUCACGAAGGCAACGAUUCCCUCAACAGCAGCAGCAACACAGACAACACGGCCAAUGACAAUGCCAAUGACAGCAGUAUCCAGCAAAUCUUCAUCUAGUACCAGUCCCUCAUCACCAUCACCAUCGAGUGAGGUGACAACACCCACCAUAGCACUGACUGCAGGGCCGACAACAGCCACCACUUCAAUAGAGACACCCGCUACAACCCAGUCAACAUCGACCUUGCAGCAACUUGGUAGCACAAGGUCGAUGCAGACUCUAACAACAGAGGCAAGUACUGCUGGUACAACUACAACACCGUCAACAUCAGCAACAGCCGUGACACUAAGCACAUCUGCAACUAGUCAACCAAUGACAUCACCAGUGUCUUCUACCAAUCCUUCUACUGCUACACCAUCAAUGGCAACAUCGUUGUCAGGGACAUCACUGCCAGUAUCAUCAUUGCAGGCAACCAUGGCCACAUCGUUGUCAGAGACAUCACUGCCCGUAUUGUCAUUGCAGGCAACAUCACCAUCCAUGGUAACACCGUUGUCAGGGACAUCACUACCAGUAUCGUCAUUGCAGACAACAUCGUCAGCUGUGACACUAGCAACAGUGACAUCACCCAUGACAUCAUCAAAAGCGACAUCACUGCCAGUAUCGUCAUUCCGAGCCACUUCAUUGGUACCGAUGACAUCAUCAACAGUAUCCCUGCCAGGGACAUCAUCAUCGGCAACAUCAUCACCAUUGACAUCAUCAUUAGUGACAUCACCACCAGGGACAUCAUCAGCGACAUCAUCACCUGUGACAUCAUCGUCUGUGAUGGCUGCGUCAUCCACAAUCUCUCCAGUGUUGACAACUACCAGUAGAACGAGUGUGGAGACCAGUGCAGCUACAUCAGCAACGUCAUCAAGCACAGCUAGCGUGACUUCAUCAUCGUCCAAGGUCACAAUGGCUGAAAGCUCAACAAACCAACCUGCAUUGACGACAUCCUCCAGUAUUGGCACACCACCAACCAUUACCAUGUCAUCCAGUGCACCAAUAGGAAUCACAACACCAGCUAGUACCAUGCUAUCAAGUGCACCAAUAGGAAUUACAACACCAGCUGGUGUGGGAACUACGAUGUCAAGCAUUACGACACCAGCUAGUGUGGGAACUACGAUGUCAAGCAGUCGACAAGCCACCAUCUCGAGCACUGUGGGAACAUCAUCCGCUGUCGGCCCCACUACCGCUGGCCUAACAACAGCAAGCAGUGGAACAAUGGCGCAAGGGAUGGUGACAACAGCAAGCAGUGGAACAAUGGCCCAAGCGACGGUGACAACACCAUCAAUAAUCUGCUCAACCCUGGACAUACGAACGUCUUUGACGAACGGUUUUGCCAGUGACCUACAAACUACCGGUCUGCUUGGUGACAUUGUCCGCUACGAAUGCAUGAUGGGUUAUUAUGUGGGUGGACAGACAAACCAGAGCAUCGCCACCAUUGAGGUGGUGUGUUUAGCCAACGGUACAUGGUCCUACCCAGCUACGUUUGCUUGUGCAGUGGUAUCCUGCCCUGCUCCUAAUGCAACACUCAUGAACGGCAUGAUCCAGGGACUGGCGGCAAGCUAUCACCCGCACAACAUGAUCACAUUCAACUGUGACCCGAACUACCAGAUCAGCGGUGCAGCAGCGGCGGGGAUGGCUUCUCAACAGCUGGACUGUGGCGCGGACGGCACUUGGACACUCCCGUUCCCCACGUGUAGUUUGAUAACAUGUGGAGUUCCCGGGCCAGUUCCGAGCAAUGGCCGGCAGAUAGGCUCUCUGUACACGAUCAACGCCAUUGUGCGCUACACAUGCGACCAGGGCUAUCAGAUAACGGGCAUGGCUCUCCAGUCCUCCAUCUCCAUCAUGUGCUUGUCGGAUGCCACGUGGAGUGCCCCUGUUCCCACAUGUCAAGUGGUGAACUGUGGCUAUCCUGGCCCAGUGUUCCAUGGCAGAGUGGUCGGUGCAGUCUUCACCUACCAAAGCCAAGUGAGCAUCACCUGCAACUACGGCUAUCACCUCAGCUCAACACAAUCCCUGCUCACCUGCUUAGCACAGGGCACGUGGGACCGAACAACGCCAACAUGCUUGCCCAACACAUGCCCCUUGCUACCUGGCGUGAUUGUCCAUGGAUUAGCGUCCACAACGCAGAACACUUUCAAGACGACGGUGGUGUACACGUGUGACACGGGAUAUCAUGUGACGCGUCGUCCUUACUCGGCCACCACUGCUAGUCUCUUCUGCACAGGAGCUGGCACCUGGACUGCACCGCUUCCCUCUUGUACAGUUGUCACCUGUCCAGCAACUCAGUUUACACUCUCCAACGGUGUGGUGAUACUGCCGACCAACAACAGCUUCAACAACACAGUGCUGUUCACGUGCGAUGCCGGUUACCAUUUCCGAUUCACGGCUGCAACGGACACAGUGAGACGUGUCCAAUGUCAGCAGUACGGUAACUGGUCCACUGCACCAACCGAUUGUGUCCCGGUGACCUGCCCGGACCCUGGCCGACCACUGGACGGCAUUCGCAUCGGCUCCACGUUCACCUUCAACUCAACGGUCGACUACCAAUGCAACCUGGGCUUUGUUCUGGAAGGACAAGGUCAGCUGCACUGCAUGGCCAACGCGAGCUGGAGUGCACCAACACCAGUCUGCCAAGAAGAGAUUCAGAACAUCACCAGCACCUCGCUGGCAUCCUCCAUGCCGGGACUAGUCGUAACCAGCCAUUCACAAUCACAAGACUUGACUGGAACGACGAGACAAGCACCAACCCAGCAAGGCCCUACAGGUACAAGCUCUGUUGCGUCGCCUGGCAGCGACGCAACCGCUGGUUUACCACCGCCCAACAAUCAAUCAGGCGGAGUGUUGGACACGCAGACCAUCAUCAUAAUUGCAGCUUGCGGCGGUGGCGGACUGCUGAUCAUUGGCACUAUUGUUCUAAUCGCCUGUCGACGGCGUCACAGGUCGUACUCUGUGAAGAGAGCCGAGUUGCAUGUCAACUACAUGUUUGAUGAUGCCCAUUCCUUGCAGGACAUGAGCCCGAACCCAAGGUACAGCAGUAGCAGUAUUACACGCGAAGCGGGCAGCAACGCCGACCGAUACGUGCGGGCGCAAUACUCUGGAGCGACUGAGCAGUGCUACGUCAGCAUCGAGUCGGCGUACACAAACAGCACAAUUCCGCGGCAGACCAGUGCGUCCAGCGGGGCAGUACUUGUGAGCGAAGACGUCGGCGACAACAUCUAUGAAGUGGAUGACGACAACGACACGGACGCUGCACAGCCUGCAAAGAAUAACCAGAUGCUGAAACGGCAGGAAAGCCUGUACGAGGUCGAGAGUGAAUUCGACAACGGAGGAAAAGGCACCACCGGUAGGGACUCGGCAGCAGCGGAGCAGUCCCUGCUCGUGCAUCGUCAGAACACGUACGUACGGGAUCCAACCUUGAUGCGUGGCGCAAUUCCAGAGGGCAUGAAUGACACAUCGCUGACCGCUGUCGGCCUGCUGACUAAUUCUCAAGCACGCGACCAGGCAGAUUACGAAGCAUUGAACGAGAAGAAGAAGAAGAAGAAUAGGAGCAGUGGUAGCGGUGCGAGUGUUGGGGCGGGUGCUGCUAGACCAAUGGGUCGGCAGCAACAUGCACAGCAGCGGAGUGUCUAUCAAGGAGUCAGCGCACAGCAGGGUGGCUAUCAAGGAGUCAACACACAGAGCAGAGCAAGUAGCAACACCGGACAGAACGCAGGCAACAGUCCCGAUGCCAGCGACUAUCUAGACAUUCUGCCCAGCCAGAUUGCAGCAUCCACAUACGAACCUCUACGCCGUCAACACCACUGAUGUACAGUGAUGUACAGUGCAUCAUGGUAUACAGUGACGUAUAGUGAUGUACAAUGAUAUACAGUGACGUAUAGUGAGAGAGACACCAACGCAAAAUGUUUGACUCGCGGAUACUUCAACAUGUUUUAUUGAGCAAGUUACUUGAGAUCCACCAUGUUAAACGUGAUAACUAUAGUGGAUGAGUGAAUAAGUUACUUCCAGGUUUCAAUCAUUAGACUAGACGAGCCCAAGAGGACAGGGUGAUUAAUAUUGAUUGAAUGCGAAUAUGGAGAAUGAUUUUCCAUGAUUUGAUAGCUUCGAUUUCUUCUGAGAUAUUACCAAACACAGGCGUGCUUGAUGAAUUAUAAGAUACGCCGAUCAAUAAAUAAGCAAAUCAUCAUGCUCACUCAGCACUUACUUCAAGUACCA